CCUGUCACAAUGUCCUACGGCUGCUGCUCAGGAAACUUCUCCUCCCAGUCCCUUGGGGGGUUCCUGAACUACCCAGGAUCUUUCUGUGGCUCUUCCUACCCCAGCAACCUGUUCUGCGGCACUAACUUCCGCUCUCCCAGAACCUUCCAGUUGGGAUCCUCUCUCAACAGUGACUGUCAGGAGAUCGGCUGUGAACCUACCGGCUGCCGGACGUCCUACCUGGUGUCCAGCCCCUGCCAGACAUCCUGCUACCCCUCGAGGACCUCCAUGCUCUAUGGUCCCUGCCAGACGACUUACACUGGGUCUCUGGGCUUUGGCUCCAGUGGCUUUCAAUCUUUUGGUUGUGGCUCUCCCUCUCUGGGCUUUGGAUGGAGUGGUUUCCCAUCAGUGGGCUGUGGUCCCAGUGCUUUUUCAUCCCUGGGUUGUAGAUCCAGCUUUUACCGUCCAACUUACCUCUCUUCUAGAAGCUGCCAGUCUACUGCUUACCAGCCAACCUGUGGAUCUGGCUUCUUCUAAUCUUAUGUUCAAACAUAAUACCUACUAUGUCUAGAAAUUUAUUGCAAUAUUUACUAUGUCAGGAUCCAUGCUAUCCAUUGAUCUCUGUCUUUAUCAUUAGCUUAUAAAUUUGACUUGUAUUGCUACCUACUGUGGUUUUGAAAGAAUUUGAAUUCCAGUAAUUGGAAAAUACAUUCAUUGAGGAAAGAUGU